AUGGCGAUCAGCUUCACUGUAUAUAAGGGCUCGAAGGAUGGAAUCAUCCAGGCAGAGACCCAGCGGGGAGACCUCAAGCGAGACGACGUGCUCGUACGAAUUACCCACUCAGGAGUCUGCGGUACAGACGCCCAUUAUCAGACUGCCGAUAUGGCUCUGGGCCACGAAGGAACAGGUGUGGUGGAGGCAACCGGCCCUGAAGCAAACAUUCUGAAGAAAGGCGAUCGUGUGGGUUGGGGAUAUCAACACGAUUGCUGCGGUCAUUGUCGACAAUGUUUGUCGGGCUGGGAGACACUAUGCAGCGAGCGAAAGAUGUAUGCCUUUGCCGACACAGAUCAGGGAUCUUUCGGCAGCCAUGCUGUAUGGCGUGAAGCCUUCCUGUUCAAGGUCCCUGAUAACAUAAGUAACGAGGAUGCGGGGCCCUUGAUGUGUGGCGGAUCGACCGUUUUCAAUGCGCUCCAUGUUGCGCAGGUUCGGCCGACUGCUCGCGUGGGCAUCGUUGGAGUUGGAGGUUUGGGACAUCUGGCUAUCCAGUUCGCUGCCAAGAUGGGUUGCCAAGUUGUGGUGUUCUCCGGCACAGACAGCAAGAAGGAAGAAGCAACGAAGCUGGGAGCCGGAGAGUUCUAUGCGACCAAGGGUGCGAAGGAGUUGAAGGUCAAAGCCCCCAUCGACAACCUCAUUGUGACGACCAGCAGUCAGCCAGAUUGGCAACUGUAUUUGAAUAUCAUGGCUCCCAAUGGUGUCAUUUCGCCUCUGUCCGUGGAUGCAGGCGAGCUCAAAAUUCCAUACAUGCCGCUGCUUCUCAAUGGUCUUCGGAUACAAGGAGGGAUUGUAUCUUCAAGACAGGUUCAUCGUGAUAUGCUUGAAUUUGCCGCAUUCCACAACAUCAAGCCCGUUAAGAUGACCUUCCCGAUGACUGUGGAUGGCAUCAAGGAAAGCCUGAAGACGUUAGAAGAAGGUAAAAUGCGUUAUCGUGGCGUUUUGGUUGCACAAUAG